GCCGGCAGGGGGAGCGGCUCGUGCGCGCGGUCCCGGACGCCGGGUGCCGCGGGUUUCGCCCGUGCGGGCCCGCCGCGCAGCCAUGACCUUGUUCCACUUCGGCAACUGCUUCGCGCUGGCCUAUUUCCCCUAUUUCAUCACCUACAAAUGCAGCGGCCUGUCGGAGUACAACGCCUUCUGGAGGUGCGUCCAGGCCGGGGCCACCUACCUCUUCGUGCAGCUCUGCAAGAUGCUCUUCUUGGCCACCUUCUUUCCCACCUGGGAAGGCGGCGCCGGGGCCUACGACUUCGUGGGGGAGUUCAUGAAGGCGACGGUGGACCUGGCCGACCUGGUGGGGCUGCACCUGGUGAUGGGCCGCACGGCCGGGAAGGGCGAGUACAAGAUCCUGGUGGCCGCCAUGGGCUGGGCCACGGCCGAGCUCGUCAUGUCCAGGUGCAUCCCGCUCUGGGUGGGCGCCCGCGGCAUCGAGUUUGACUGGAAGUACGUCCAGAUGAGCAUCGACUCCAACAUCAGCCUGGUGCACUACGUGGCAGUGGCGGCGCUGGUCUGGAUGUUCUCACGCUACGACCUCCCAGCGCGGCUGCGCCUGCCCCUGGCUGCACUGCUGGGCCUCAGCCUCUACAAGGCCUUCCUGCUGGAGGUGGCGGUGCACGUGCUGGCGCUAGGCCCGUGGGCGGCACUGGGGGCCAAGGCAGGGCUCAGCUCCCUGCUUGGCCUCGGUGCCCUUGGCCUCUUCGUUGCCCUUGGCCACGGGCCCUGAACCCCGACCUCUGACUCCAGACGGAUGCAUGGAUGCACCAAUAAACCCCUUGCCCGUG